UGGUCAUCUCUGAACGAAAGAUAUUUUUAGCAGCGAGCUUGCGAAGAGUGUUGCGUGUUCAUUGGCGUGAGGUGUUGGUAAACUCAAAACUGUAAUUUGUUUGGUAACUAUACGCAUGGCAUCAGUAGACAAAGUCAGAAUCAUAGUAGUAGGUGACUCUGGAGUAGGAAAAUCUUCAUUGGUGCACCUAAUUUGCCAUAAUCAACCAAUCUCUAACCCAUCAUGGACUGUCGGAUGUUCCGUGGAAGUUAAGCUGCAUGAAUAUAAGGAAGGAACACAACACCAGAAGACGUACUUCAUUGAAUUUUGGGACAUUGGAGGAAGCAGCAGUCACAGAAAUACUCGAUCAGUCUUUUAUAGCCCGACGCAUGGUAUUAUUCUGGUACAUGACCUCACAAAUCGUAAAUCUCAAUUAAAUCUUCACAAGUGGUUGGCUGAAGUUGUAAACCGUGAAGGAAAUUGUAAAAAUCGUCACGGAAAUUUUGAUGAUUUUGAUCCUGAACAGUUUGUUGGAGCAACACAGGUUCCAAUAUUAGUUAUUGGAACAAAGUUGGAUCUGGCAGAGAAAGUUAGGUCUCAUGCACACCGACGAUCAUCAGCAAUAGCUGAAGAAUGUGGAGCUGAUGAAAUUUUUUUGGACUGCCUUCAAACAAGAUCUCUCGCAGCUGGUUCCAGCUCAGCUGUGAAACUAAGUCGUUUCUUUGACAAAGUCAUAGAACGGAGAUACCAUACUCAACGUGAAUUUCCUGAUCUCCGCAGGCCUGUUUUGCCAACAUCUUUGAGCUCAAAAUACUACAUUUCAGAUUAAGAAGAUUUUAACAAUUAAUCAUGCUGGUUUUCUGCCCAACUUGUGGGAACAUACUUGGAGUGGAAGAAGGGAUUUCAUAUUGCAUGCGUAUGGCAUGCAGUACUUGCCCAUAUGUAUACACGAUAACAAAGAGAACCUCUUC